UUAAUUUUGAUGAAUAUAUGUAUUUUCGUUUAUGUGUGUGUGUGUGUGUGUGUGUGUGUGUGUGUGUGUGUGUGUGUGUGUUUAGGACUGUUUAUGUAUGUACGUAUAUGUAGGUGCGUGCAUGUGUGCGUGCGUGCAUGCGUGCCGGCACAGGUGGGUUGCUCCCCGGCGGCGCGGGCCGCAAGAUGUCUGGCCCCACGUGGUUGCUGACCGAACUCGAGGGUGCGUAGACACACCGGCGGCUCCCCAACACGUACACAUCUCGGGCGUACACCUACACACACACGCACGCACACACAUGGUUCAGGCGACGCCGGCGCAGCUCGAGACAUGCACUCACGGGCGGCACACGCGGCCGCCACCACCACCCCUCACGUGAGGACGCAUUCUUACCCGCGCUGCUGGAGGCGAGACACUGCUCGCUCCCACCUCCGCUGGCACUCACUGACACUCCCGCCACGCCUGGCACCGCCCCUCGCCUCUCGCCACCCGCCACCGCUCGCCGCCUCACCGCGCUACUCACUCCUCAAACAGUCGGUGCUGCAGCCUCCAGGAUAACUUCUCCUCAGGAUACAGUUGCCUAUCAUCCACCUGCAUCCUGCCAACUUGUCCCCGGCCAGCUCCUCUCCUGCCCCCCACAGUGACAGCGUGGGCGUGUUGGAUCACAGGACCUUGGCGGUGUAUCGGGUGUCCCACAGCCUCAGGCGCCCCGACACCUGCUGCCCUGCUGUUGCUGCCCGUGCCGCUGCUGCAGACAUCCUCCACAAGGAAACGUUGUCCUGUCAUCUCUGGUGCUAAGACUCGGCAAGCAGGAGCAAGUGUGACUCAUUUCUAUGCAGUAAAAUUGUAACUAGUCAAGUGUGGCACAGUGCCAUCAUUACGCUUUGUGCGAACGUACUGUCCAUCAAAAGACCCGCGUGUGGUUAGUGCUGCAAAAGGUGACGCAAGGCUGUGUUUACCUCGUUGUCUGUGUGUGCUAAGUGUGAAGGGUGAAGAGCAGCUCCGACGGUUCAAGGUCACGCCGCGAACUGUACACUCUGGUUCCGGAACAAGCCCGUGAACCUGACCUUGUUGCCAGCGAAGGUUGGGCUGCCCAUGCCGAACUGCAACACGCUGCUACACCCACGCCCACGCUUUUUGUGUAGCCUGACUUUGAUGUCGUAGUUAAUAUUUUUAAUACUUUGUAAUACUGAACUAUUUUUAAGAAGCUCCGUAGAUGUCCUCAGUAGAAGUUGAUGUUUUUGCAAGUUCUGCUCGUUGUUUGAAGGAUUGCGAACCCCGCGGCGGUCACCGUAGUUGAUAGCUUGACUGACGUGAGUGACUGGAUUGCUGUAUCUUUUUUACCUUUUUAAGACUGUUUGUGCCAAGCCGGCCAAGAGACCAUGAGGAAAAUGAGUGACAAGGCACUGUGCGAGCCCCUCGUGACGUCCUCUGUGACUGCAGCAGAGGAGGCCACUUACUCACCUCAAGAAUACUCCUCAGGUCAAGAAUACUCCUCAGGUCAAGAAUACCCCCCGCCGGAGUAUACCCCAUUCUCCUCUUCUCCCUCCUACCACGUGGAGGCCGCCCAGCACGUGGAGGCCACGCACGGUGUGGAGGUCGCUCAACAUGUGAAGAUCACGCCCCCUUCCGAAGAAGCUAGUGUAUCGGGCGACACCAAGCCCGUUUUUGAAGAGCUCUCGCCCUGCAAGUUUCCGCGCCCGGCGCCGUGGCGCCAAAAGAUCAGCAGCGAGGCUGACGUCAAGCCGCAGGUGCUUGUGAAGCGCGAAUCCGAGAUGGAGUACCGCGAAGGUGACGGCGACGGAGGCGGACCCGGCGUGAUCCGGUGCGUUGAGACCAGCAUGCCGCCCCCCGACACCCACCCCUACGAGCACCGCGGCAGGCGCUCCUCAGGGGAGUUUGCCCGGCCCAUGAACGUGCCCCGAGAGGUCAUCCGGGGCCCUCAUGGUGCUCGGUACCGGGAUGCUCGCCGCUCCCACGACCUUCCCCGUCCUGACCAGACUCGCCCCCCGGACCUGAUGAGGGCGUCGGACUGCCCACCGCCGACACCCUCCUCUCCUUCCUCCUCGACCACGUCCUCUGCAACCGGUGGGCGUCCACGCGCUACGGGGAAGAAGGACCGCAAGAAGGAGGAGCCCGACGAUGUUUCCAGUUCCAUCCCCGACUUAGGUGAGUGUUGGACUCGUUGUGUGCAUGGCCAGCUGCUCCCCACGACCCCUCGCGCCGCGCUCUCUCCCCUCUUGCUCUCCAUGCCCCUCACUCUCUUGCUCCCUCUCUCUUCCUCGUCUCUCACAACUCUCCCUCUCUUCUCGCUCUCCAUGCUCUCUCUCCUCUCUAUCUCUCUCCCGCUAGUACCUCCACCCAGCCUCCCGCCCCUCCGCUCACCCUCGCCUCAGACAUUCACCGGCCCCUUCGUGUUUUGGCUUUCGCUGUUGUGCCGCCGAACGUUUUGAUGUGUUUUGUCAUUCGCUGUUGUUUUCCCUUUUUUUCCGCCGAUGCCCGCAAGCUGCGAUGUUAGGAGUGUUCGGUAAAAAAAAUCCCUUGUAUGUGUCACAGUUUUGACUUUAUUUCAGUGUGCUUCAGGUGUUGGGAAUUCCUCCUGAAGGGAAAGAAUCGUUAUACACCUUGCGACCCCAUAUAUAGCCAUUUUUUUUCUUCUCCUUCCUCCUUUUUCCUCCCUUUUCUUUCUGACAUUCUCCUUUUUCACUCAUUUCUAUUCUUCUGUGUUCUUGUCCUCUGCCAGCCUUCACUCCAGAACUACCGCCAACCCAGAUGUCGUGGCAACCCUCAGUAUUUUCCCUCCUCCUCCUCCUCCUCUUCCUCUCCCAUGGCUGCCCUCCUGCCUGGCCUCAGCAUCCCUUAAAGUCAAUAAUCCCUUGUCU